AUGUCAUCUUAUAUAAAAUUUCUAAAGGAAAUUCUUUCUAAGAAUAGAAGACCGAAAGACUAUGAAACAGUUGCUCUAACAGAGGAAUGUUGCGCCAUCUUACAAAAUAAGCUGCCUCCAAAGUUGAAAGAUCCUGGAAGCUUCUUUAUAUUGUGCCUAAUUGGUAACAUAAAUAUAGACAAAGCCCUCUAUGAUCUCAGAGCCAAUGUGAGCCUAAUUCCCUUAUCUAUAUGCCGAAAGCUGAAUGUUAGAGAAUUAAGGCCAACUACUAUCUCAUUACAAUUGGCGGACAGGUCUAUCAAAUAUCUAGUUGGCAUCUUAGAAAACAUCCUUAUUAAGGUGGGCAAAUUUUUUAUUCCUUUAGAUUUUGUUGUCCAGGAAAUAGAGGAAGAUAUCCAAAUCCCUAUAAUAUUGGGAAGACCUUUCUUAGCAACCGCUGGAGCAAUUAUAGAUGUCAAAAAUGGGCUCUUAACUCUUAAAGUGGGAGAUGAAAAAGUAGAAUUCAACCUGUUUUGA